GUUGAACUCUUGCGGGUCAAACGAGGUCGCGGCUUAUGUCUGCAGUACUUAGCGCUUUGGAAAUAGACAAUCCGAAAGGUGCAUGCAUGAAAGAGUAGAACUUUAGAAAUGGGCAGAGACCCUCAGUGGAGAACUGCUAGAUGUUAUCACGGUACAUGUAGAUCUGCCUCCUGUGGAUGACCCGAAACUUGAAGAUCGAGGGUGUGAUAUUCGGGAGAUGCAUUGAAAAGGAUUUCUUUCCAUGAACUGAGACAUUCAAUCUUAUUGAUUAAGUUCCUGCUCACCAGGCACAGACCACACUGCAUGAUAUGGCACUGGGAAUCCACUGGCCAUCAGCCGCUUAUGCAGCCACUUCUUUUGGUUCAGGCAUGAUAAACCAGGUCUUUUCAUUCUACCUGGUUAAGUUCUUCCUGAAUAGGUAUCAAGUCUCGGAGAGCUGGUUCAACACAGCGCAAGCUAUCUUCAUGGUAUGGAAUGCCAUCAAUGAUCCACUCUUCGGGUACAUCCAAGACCGUGCGGAAUGGCUGAGGAAGCGGAGAUAUGCAGUCCUCUUUGGAGGGCCAUUCUACUGCUUGGCUUUUUUGGUACCCUGGUUUCCAUGGGGUAAUUACGAAUCUGGGUCUUGGCUGUGUGGCGCACAUUUGCUGUUCAGUCUCUGUCUCUUUGAUACUUUAUUUACAUUUGUACUUUUGGCCCAAUGUGCAAUUUUCACAGAGAUGUCAGGAAGGCACGAUGACCGUCUUCGCCUUGUAAGAUAUGCAAAAAUAGCAUCUGUUCUGAACUCUGGAACAUUGUUUGCUACAAACAUGAUAUCAGAUAAUCUGAAUGACAUUCCAAGUUUUCAGAAGUUCGCAGUGGUUUUGGCAUGCUUGGCGAUGGUAUGUUUCUAUAUCACAGGCACAUAUGCACACACAGAGUAUGAACUACGGCAAGUGGUUGCUGGGAAGCCAGAGAAGUCCCGCCCCGUCAGCCAGUACUCAUUUAUGCGACAAGCAUGGCAGUUACUGACUCAGAAGAAUUUUCUUUGCUUUGUUGCCAUGAAUUUCUGCCAGGAGUUUCACAGAGCCUUCAUGAAUGGCUUCACUGCUAUCAUCACUGAUACGCUGUUCUCACCAGAGGUUUUACCCACAUUCCACAAAAGUGUAUUUUACAGUAUGAGAAAUGUACUCACUCCAUUGCUCGUGGUAUCUGGUACCUUCCUGGUCAGUAAGUAUGGAGCCUUCGCCAUGAUCAGGAGCAACUUCAUUAUCAAGAUCUUCUCAUCUGUGAUCAUGCUUCUUAUUGGAAGAAACCAACCCCUGCUGUUGAUACUCUUCAUGACAGUGGACUUCUGUGCCACGAAUGCAGCAUUUGCGCUGUCCAACAUUCCUCUGUCAGAUAUUGCAGAUGCUGACAAGAAAUUAUAUUCAAGACCGCAUCCAAUUUCUACAUCUGUGUAUGGGACCAAUGCUCUGGUUGUCAAACCAGCCAUUUCUGUGUCCCCCAUGAUAGUAGUGACCAUACUUAACAGGUACGGCUAUGAGCAAUACAAACUUGGUCAACUUACAGAUGGCCUACUGCUGGACAGUUUACAGGGAACCAUGUUUUAUUUGCUGUGCUUUAUUCCCCUGGUUGUAGGGACUAUACAGCUGGCAAUAUGGUCACAGUUUACUCUGAGGAGCAGCCACAAAGUUUCCCAUGAAGAUACAGACACUGAGAGGGUCAUGUACUCCUAGUGGCUGGAUGUAGUGUGAAGGGCAUGGUGGCAAUUUUGAAAUUAAUAUAGGAUGCUUUGUGAUUGCUUAGAAUUCAAUGACUAAAGGGUUACUAUUUUUUUUAACAUUAAAUCUUCAUUAAAAGUGAAAAAACUGUGAUCACACAAGAAGGCUGAUAAUGGUACGAGUUGGCUAUAAAUAUCCAAGUUGUUAAAUUUGACAAAAAAAAAA